AUGAAACCAUCAAAGCGGAACAUCAUUGCUGUCGCUCAUCAAGCUGUCGAUAUCAUACAGUCAUCACAAGAGGCGAACUACCUUUACCCAAUUAAAGGUGGUAUUGUUGGUCUUCAUAAUAUGGGAAAUACGUGUCAUUUGAACGUAUGUUUACAGGUUCUGUUCUACAUAUCCGAAGUGAGAACAGAAGUUUUGAAGGUUGCCAAUCAGUCCUCUCCCAUCGUAACAGAGAUGUCAAGUAUCUUUACAAAUUUGAAUUCAUUGAAGUCCAAAGGAUUAGUCUUCGUUCCCCAUGAACUUGCCACAUUACUUGGUAACUCAACAUAUGAGGCACAAGAUUGUGAUGACACGAUGACAAGAUUGAUCACAGAUCUCGCAGAGCAAAUACCAGGAAUCGGUCAACUCUUCCGAAUCACUUACCGUGAUAGUGCCAACGAACAAACAAAUUGCUACUCGAUUCACACCAGAAUUAGAGAACCAGAUCUCGAUCAUGCCAUUCAAUAUCAUUUGUCAACUACAAGGAACACAUCAUGGCCACAAUUCUUGACUUUCGACAUUCAGAGAGAGUGGCAGAAUGAUUCGAUUCAUCAAGUCAUCUUUGACUUCCCGAAAAAGUUGACACUCCCAACAGUCGAAAGGCAAAGAUAUCAAUUGAUUGCAAUUGUUGCCUAUUGCAAUUUUCAUUACGUGGUCUUUUUGCAAAAAAGUGCAUAUUGGAUCAUGAUCAAUGAUGAAGUCGCAUACUCUGUUCCAUCAACAGAUAUCAAUGCAUUGAAGGGAUGCUCAACUGCUGAGAUGCCACUUUUAUGGUACAAGACUCUCGAACACAAAUGGCUCGCAAAGAUGCUCAUUUAUCGAAUGGUUCAAUGA